AAUGUUCUAGAAGAACGAAGGAAAAAAGCUGGGAAACCAUUGGAUCUAGAGCUUGAUCCUGUGACCAACAAAGUGGUUGGGCAGGAGGAUCAAGCUUUUAUUCGCAUGUUGGGAACUCUAGUUUCCAUGUUGUGUCCGGGGCAUUAUUUGGAUUUUGCUGAUGUACCUCAACAGUUUAAGGAUCAAGUGCUUGAUCGUAUGAGGUAUUACUAUAAUAUAGACGGUCAUCCACAACGUGAGUCAGUUCUGGCAACUCUCAACAAGGAGAUGGGGGAAAGAUAUCGCGAGAGAAAGAACUAUAGACAUAGACACUUCAAAAAUCAUUAUGCUGGACCAGAAGAUUUGGAGAAUGUCCUCUCUAAGCCACCUAACCAUUGCACUAAGGAGGCUUGGCAGCUUAUUUGUGAAAUGUUUUUGAGCGAAAGAUUUUUGGCUCGUUCCGCUAAAAAUCAAGCAAACAGAAGACAAAUGAAGUAUGUAACAACACAAGGCACAAAGUCGUUGGCAGCUAAGCGUCACGAAUAUGUAAGUGAAGAUGUUAAUUUAAUUUUAUAAAAUAACACAUUCUGAAACAUUUUGUUUACAUUUGUAUAGGAGAACCCGC